GUUAACCAUGUAAAGAAUUUUUUUAACAAUUUAUUUCAUUUCGGAUUAUAAGGGAAACUGUUUAUCCCUACUGAUUCGUAUAAAGUGUGAUACAUUGUAAAAUUGAUAUAUAUUUUACAUUUAUAUGUGAAAACUUUAUAUCAUAUUUUUGUGGAGAAUAGUACAAUGAAUCUUACAUCAAUUAUGUUGAUUUAUGAUGUUUUACAUAAAGAAAAUAUGUAUGCAAUCGUUAUUAACGAUCUCAGAAACAUCUGGAUAAAAUAUCGAUUUAAAAUGAAUGCGAUUGAAAUAGAUAAAUUAUUUCAAAGAAAGCCUUCAGAACAACUUUAUCAUAUUAAUCGUAAAAAGUUGUCAUCGGAUGGCAUAGUCCGUGUGCCUAUAUUUCUUGAGAAACAUAUAACUUAAAGAGGUUUAUUCAGAAAAGAUGGAUCUCAUAUGAGACAAAAAGAAUUAAUGGCAUGCUUGGACAAAGGUUUUCUAUUGGGAAAAAAAAUUAUGUAAUCAAUGUUGCCAAUUGUUUAAAAACAUUCUUCAGAGAUCUUCCCGAGCCAUCAAUUCCAUAGACAUGAUUUAUUUUUACACUGUGCAGUGUUGAAAAACCACCGUGUUCAACUAUUGUUAUUGGCUUGUGUAUUGUUAUCUUCUUAUCAUUUAAAUACUUUAGCGUUUGUAAUGGAAUUUUUAAAAAAAGUAUCUCUCUAUGAGAAACAAAACAAAAUGAGUAUUGAUAAUUUAGCAAAAGUCAUUGGCCCUAAUGUUAUGCCUUUAAGAGAAUCUACUAUGAUGGCAAUUCAAAGCAGACUUGAAUUGUAUUUAAUUAUUGUUAAGAUUUUGAUAGAAAAUGCUGAAAAUAUUGGAGUUUCACUAGACCGUAUAAUACAUCUUUUUAAAGAGAUAAAAUCAGAAGAUAGAGUGAAUCUAAAGUGAUAAUUUCCCCAGAUGCUCGAAAAAUAGAUAUCUUACGAUGACGAUCACAAGAAAAAAUUAAAAAUGGUCUUCCUCCUUAAC